AUUAUUUUAAGUAUAAUUUUAAGCUAAAGAGAAAGUGUAGAGUUAUUUUUAAAUAAGAAGUAAGGUGUAAUAUUAGUAAGAGCUAUCUUGUUUUAAGAUAAGAGUAAAAGCUAAAUCGGUUAUAAAUUAAUUAAACGUUUUUUAAUUGUGGUAGAGAACACUUCAGUGUCUACAUUUAUACAAGAAACUCUUAGGAAUUAUAAAAAUAAACACAAUUCUAUGAAAAAUAAUAAAUCUAAACAAAAUAACUUAAUAUUAAAAUAAAUGAAAGUGAUUUAUAUUUGUGUGCAAAAUGAAGACCUGUAAAGAUUAAAAAUGAUUUAAGAUCUAGAAAAAUACUUUGAUAUGGAAUAUACAGAUUAUGGUUGGAAUAUACUUCACUUAGCAGCAUGGUAUAAAUCAACCAAUGUAAUGAAGUUCAUAUUGCAAAAUCCUAAAGCUGCAGAGCUCGUUAAUUCUAAAGAUAAAAAUCAAGAAACACCUUUGCAUUUGGCAUUUUUUACAUAGGCCAAAGGUUGUAUACAACUAUUAAUGGAACAUGGGGCGGAUUCUCAGUCUUUAAACAUCGUAUAAUAAAUACCUGUUUAAACGAUGAAUGCUCCUAGAGAAAAUUAAAUUAAAACUUUGCUUGACCUUUAAAAAACUUUGACUAAUGAAUCUCAAUUUAAUUCUAUCAGUCCUUACAUAUAAAAGUUAAAAUAAGAAUUGGAUAUGGAAAGAGGGUCUACAACAGUCCCACAAGAUUUUAUGAGCAAAAUAAAAAUUGAAAAUUUUUCUGGUGCAAAGGUUGAUAAUUAAAUUAUGGAUGAAGAUGACUAGUUUAUCAAUUCUAAUUUACAUUCGUAGUAAGGAUAAAUUAAAGAUUAAAAUAUUUUAUCAUUUUAAUCUGCUGCUAAUUAAUACAAUGAAGAUAUAGCCGUAUUCAGCUAUUUUGGUUCUUAAUAAAACUUAAACUACUAGUAAUAAUAACCAAAACUUGAGUAAUUAAUUAGCGAUAAUAAAAAAAAUAAAGGAGAAGAUGUUGAUUUAGAAGAAUAAAAAGAUGAAACAGAUACUAUAGAGAAUUAUAAAAUGUAAACAAACAAAAAUUAAACCUCUUCUAAAUAAAUAUAAAUAAAGAAAAAUAUGGAAGAAUCAGAUAUAUAAGACGAGCAAAAAUAAAUAAAUAUAAACUACUUUUAGUCUAGGAUAAGAAAGUUUACUAAUGAAUCUUUAACAAAUAUUUGA